CCAACUCUCCUUCGCACCGUUCCUGCAUCUCUCCCUUCCUACAACGCGCCUGAUCUUACCCUGCUUGCCGCGCCGGCACGCCUGAUCUCAGUGACGCGGGCAAGCAUACACACACGCACACUCGUUACACCAAUCUCGGUCCUUUACGGCGCCGCGCCGCACGCCACACGCCCCACAGCCAGCCAGCAGCCAGCCAGCCGAUGCUCCCAUUCCUACUCGCCCUCGCGGCCCUCGCCGGCCGCGUGGCGGCGGACAGCGGCCAAGUGGCGUACACGUUUCCUAAUAUGAGCGUGACUUACUACUACGACAACAACCAAAUCGCCAACCUCGACCCAUGCGGCCGCGCGACCGCCAUGCCGAAGGACUGGUCCAAGCCCACCAACCUCGGCAGCACGGCGUGCGGGAAGAGCGUGCGCGAGUUGGGGACUAAUGCUGUGAUUGCACUCAACUCGACGUGGAUGAGUGAGGUGGGGAAGGGCAACUUGUGUGGGCGGGAAGUCCAAAUCUGGAAAGACGGCCACCAAGUGCACCUCCUCAACGGCGGCGGGGGCCCCUUCGUCCUCUGGGAGGCGUGCCAGGCGUGCAUUACGCUGCCGCGGAUAGACAUGAGCGUGGAGGGGUACGUCGCCGCGUCGGGGGACACCAAGUGCCAGAACGGCGUGGUCGGCGGGUUCGAAGUGCGCGUCAUGGACAACUUUGUCCUCCGCGCGGGCGCCAGCAGAAGGGCCGCGCUGCAACCCGCCACUUGCGUCGCCGUGCUCGCCGCUGCCCUGCUCGCACUCCUUGCGGCGUCCUAAGCAUUGAACUACCUUGCUCGGAGCCUCGGAGCCCGAGCUGGCUGGCUAGCUGGCCCCUGCCAAGCCAUCACUUGUCCGCCCAUCUUGCUGUAGCACCACCACCACGCCCGCACGACCUUAUAAUCAUAAUCUUAUGUACAAUGUACACUAGGCCGGCGAUGAAGACGACGCGAGUAAACAGCUCAGCUCGUCGUGACGUA